CAAAGUUCUAGUAGACCACCGGGUCAGAAAAGUUUGUAGCACGAUUACUCAGAUUGGUCUGUGCACUAUACUAAUAAAAUAAAAAGCAUUCCUUGCUUUUUUUACAUAUUUAUUCAAAAUCAGUACAAUGUUUUAAGUUUUUUAAAUACAAAUGUGGCUUGGUGCCAGCCAUAGAUAAUUAGGACCUUUAGGACCAUAGAUACCAUAGAUAAAAUAUCAUUGUCAAAAAGUAAGUAAAGUAGGUCCCACUAAGCGAUCACAAUUCACAACGAUCAUGCUCAAAACCACAGAUUUUCCUGUUCCACUUGCAAAGAGUAAAUUAAUUGGGUACCACCGUACCAUUUGCUUGCGAGUGUUGCAAUGCAAUGGUUUGCAAUCAUAAGCGGUCGGCAUUAAUCGGCUGAUAAGAUGAUGAUGAUGACGAUGUUAUUUAAUGAGUCUGGUGUAGCGAUAUCUUGCUAGGCUUUAAUAAUAAAACGAUAAGAUGCGGUAUUAUUUGAAAUACAAGUAAGAUAACUUUAUUGAUAAGCUCUUAAUAUUACAUAGAUAGGUUCAUGUUUACUUAGGGGCCCAUAGAUGCAAGCGGCACAAGACCGUAGUAUUUGGAAGAUCUUACUUUAUGCCAGCAGUGGAUGUCCUUAGCGACCUAUGAUCGUAAAUCGGUACUUUAAUAUCUUGAACUAUAUCAAAUAAGAAAUCUCUACGUAUGAUUUAUAUAGUCAAAUAUUAUACGUAUUGUUUAUAGAUACAUAUUAUUAUAAUAAGAAUACAAAUUAUAAAAAAAUUAGGUACAAUCGAACAAAUACACAAACAAAUUUAUUCAAAUAUCAUUAAAUAUACUUGUAGGUAGGGUGGACUGGGUACGGUUGUGAUAAUCCCUAUGAAAUACAGUGUAGGGCAAUGAUAUUAAAUUAUAAAGUUAAAAGGUCGUAGGUGUAGGGUAUGAAGGGCGAGAGGAGAGCGUCAGGGAUCGAAACUCGUGUCACGAUAUUGUUUCAGCCACCGCGCUAUGAUUUUGGUAGUAGAGGUCUUUAUCUGGGGAUACGGCAGUGCCCCCGCAAGUCGAAUUACUUUUAACAAAAAUGCUAAAAAUAAUAUGUGUCGAAUAGAUGUGAAGUGUAUUGUAUGUGUGAAGUCAUCCUAGUAAAACAAUACCAAUUAUUUUGAAAAUGUGUAGAUACCUAUACCUACUCACUGCACUGUUUACAUCACAUGUAAGUCAGCCAGUCCCUCCCCUACCUUAUCAAGGAAUGGAUUUAAGUACAUAUUUUGUUAAUUAGGUGUCAAAGUUUAAGAUGAUCACUUAGACCGGGGUUCCCCUAUCAGUUGAAUUCUUAUCAGUUAUCUAGUCUUUUUAUCUUUGUUAUCAGUAGAUAAUAAAGGUAAGUUUAUAAGUAAAUUCGUUAAUGAGAAUGAAAUAGUUCUAUCUUAAGAGAGGUACUUGCAAUGGAUAAAUAUAUCAGCGUGAAGGAGUUGGAAGAUGCUGCUUUAGCUUCAUUGCCAAAGGCUAUUCGGGAAUAUUACAAAAGUGGAGCAGCAGAGGAGUACACAUUAGCAGAAAAUAGACGUGCAUUUCAAAGGUUGAGGAUUCGUCCAAAAUGCUUGGUUGGUUGGACAUAUUGCGAUCUGUCUACAACAGUCCUCGGUGAAAAAGUCACAAUGCCUGUGGGUAUAUCACCCACUGCUAUGCAAAGAAUGGCCCAUCCUGAUGGAGAAACGGUUAACGUAAAAGCUGCAGAAGCUGAAGGAGUAAUCUAUAUUCUCAGUAUAAUCUCUACCAGUUCUUUAGAAGAAGUGGCGCAAGCCGCACCGAACGCUAUAAAAUGGCUCCAACUUUACAUUUACAAGGAUAGAGAGAUGACAAGGAAAUUCGUUUCGAGAGCUGAACAAGCUGGAUACAAAGCUCUUGUUCUGACUGUGGACACUCCGGUUUUUGCUACACGUAGGUCAGAUGUGCGGAACAAUUUUGCACUACCGUCACAUUUGAGAUUGGCUAAUUUUAAUUUGCCACCCAAAAAAGACUCCGUAAAAGGUGGUGGUCUAGCCACUUAUAUGACCAAUACAUUUGAUAAAUCAUUGACUUGGGAAGGAAUCAGGUGGUUAAAAAGCAUUACUAAACUGCCAAUAGUGGCAAAAGGAAUUCUACGUGGUGAUGACGCGGUGAAAGCCGUAGAGGCUGGCUGCGCCGGCAUCCUCGUCUCUAAUCAUGGCGCGAGACAACUGGACGGAGUACCAGCAACGAUCGAAGUUCUUCCUGAAAUCGUGGAUGCAGUCAAAAACUAUAACGUUGAAGUGUAUAUGGAUGGAGGUGUGACUUUAGGAACUGAUGUCUACAAAGCAUUAGCCUUGGGAGCAAAAAUGGUUUUCGUUGGCCGGCCAGCUCUAUGGGGCUUAACAGUUGGUGGUAAAGAGGGCGUCCAACGAAUGUUAAAUUUAUUACGAGACGAGUUCGAGUAUACGCUCCAAAUUGCAGGUACACCAACUGUUGCUGAUAUUAAAAAAGAUAUGGUGCUCCAUGAAUCUGCUUAUUGUAGGCUUUAAGUAAUAUUAAAAUUAUAAGUACCUAUGUUUAAAAUACCUACCUGCUAUGGUCUAUGUUGCGAUGCAUUAAUAUUUAAGUUGAAUAAUAAUAACUGUAACUCUAUACCUAAGCUACCUUGUACAUUUGUGUUAGAAUUACGUACCUAAUUCAGAUGGAAUAUGACCCGUUACUGAAGUAUACUUAUUCAAUCACAGCUUAACAUGAUUUCAUAUUAAUUAAGAUAUAAUAUAUGAUACAUUUAUAUUAAAUAUUUCAUAUUAAUAAAGAUAUAAUAUAUUAAUUAAGAUAUAA